UUCAAGCAUCCCGCCUUCCCAGGACACCCUCAAAGGGACAGAGCGGUCGCUCUUCUCAAGUCCUAUUGGCUCAAGUUCACGCCUCUCAUGGCACGGGGUGAGACAGGAAGAAAAAGGCCUUUCCCGGGCGCGGGAAGAUGACGUCACAGUAGCCCGGCCGGGCGCCGCGGCCACCUGGGGCUCUCUGCCUACCGGCUAGCGUCGACCGGGGCCGAUCGAAGACUCCUCCGUCAGCGACGCCUUCGCAAUGGCCAUCUGUCAAUUCUUCCUUCAAGGCCGGUGCCGCUUUGGAGAUCGGUGCUGGAACGAACAUCCAGGUGCCAGGGGUGCAGGAGGAGGACGGCAACCACCGCAGCAGCAGCUGUCAGGUAAUAACAGACGUGGAUGGAAUACCACUAGCCAAAGAUACUCUAAUGUCAUCCAGCCAUCCAGUUUUUCCAAAUCCACACCAUGGGGGGGCAGCAGAGAUCAAGAAAAGCCAUCUUUUGGUUCUUUUUAUUCAGGAGCUUCAACUAACCGGAAUGAGGGCUUUGGAUUGUCUGAGAACCCAUUUGCUUCACUUAGUCCUGAGGAGCAAAAAGAUGAAAAGAAACUUCUGGAAGGAAUUGUAAAAGAUAUGGAGGUUUGGGAAUCAUCAGGGCAGUGGAUAUUUUCUGUUUAUUCACCAGUUAAAAAGAAACCUAAUAUUUCAGGUUUUACAGACAUUUCACCAGAGGAAUUGAGGCUUGAAUACCAUAACUUCUUAACCAGCAAUAACUUACAGAGUUAUGUAAAUUCUGUUCAACGUUUAAUAAAUCAAUGGAGGAACAGGGUAAAUGAACUGAAAAGUCUAAAUAUAUCAACUAAAGUAGCUUUGCUCUCUGAUGUAAAGGAUGGAAUAAAUCAAGCAGCACCUGCAUUUGGAUUUGGCAGUAGUAGUCAAGCAGGAACAUUUGUGUCACCAGGCUUUCCAGUCAAUAACAGCAGCAGUGAUAAUGCUCAGAACUUUAGUUUUAAAACAAACUCUGGAUUUGCCACUGCCUCAUCUGGAAGCCCUGCUGUUUGGGGGAGUUCCCCAGCAUUUGGAGCUACAGCCUCUACCAGUUCAGCUAUCUCCACUUCUGCUCCAGCUUUUGGAUUUGGGAAACCUGAAAUCACAUCUGCUGCAUCAUUUUCAUUCAAAAGCCCUGCAGAUUCCAGCUUUGGAUCACCUGGAUUUUCAGGACUUCCAACUUCCUUGGCAACAGGUCCUAUCAGCGCUCCAGUGGCCCCAGCCUUUGGAGGUGGCAGUUCUGUGGCUGGUUUUGGUAGUCCAGGCUCACAUUCUCACACUGCUUUUUCCAAGCCAUCCAAUGACACUUUUGGAAAUAGCAGCAUUUCUACUUCUUUCUCAGCCCCAAGCAGCAUCAUUGCCACAGAUAAUGUGUUAUUCACACCCAGAGAUAAACUGACAGUACAAGAACUGGAACAAUUUCAAUCUAAGAAAUUUACUCUGGGAAAAAUUCCAUUAAAGCCUCCACCUCUGGAGCUUCUAAAUAUUUAAAAGGGCAAUUUUAAAUACAAAAAAGAAUGAUGUUUGAAAUUGUUUUUUAGUGAUUCAUAUAAAGGUGUAUAUGUGCAUACAUAUAUAUUCAUAAGGAAUAUAAGUUUCCAGUAAUUACUAGUGAUUUUCAAUUUUAUUUUUUUCUUAAGUCUAAGUAUUUAAGUAAAAAGUAACAAAAACUCAUCAAGGGAAUUGUUUUGUACUGUAAUUAUGAAUGGAACUGAAAAAUUGUGCACGAAUAAAGUAUCUUUUUCAUGCUAUACCA